AUGUCUGACUGGGCCAACUUUGGCGGUGGUGGGGCGGCGGACAACAACAAACUGGCCUCCGGAAAGGGAGAUGAUUGGGCAAGCUUUGGUGCAUUUGAGGGAGCCAGUCCAGCAACCACACAGCAAAAGGCCAAGUCCUCCACCCCACCAGCGGUCACACCCCCCGUUGCCACCACUCCCACCCAGCAGCAGAAGGCCGUGGGUGCGAUGGUCCCUCCACCUCCCUCCACUACUCCACGCAGAGGAGCCUCGGUCCACGGAGCUGGUGGACACACUCAACUCCAGCAGUAUAAGCAGCGACUGCAGCAGAUGCACCAACAGCUAGUGAUGGGCAAACAGCAGCUGCAAGAGUUCCAGAAACAGAACCAGCAGCAGAAGGCGGUACAGUUGCAGACGCAGCUCCAGAAUGGAGUGGUUCAGUACCAUGCGCACACAACAGGUCUCACU